UCCUGUCGGGUGUCACUCUUCAUUCAGUGCCUUGUGGGGCCCUUCUGCGUCCGGCAGGGGGGGAUCCUCAACAUCACCAGCGCUCUUUUUUUGUGGGGGUGGGAACUUCUCUGUGAUUGGCCCUUCCUACGGUAUUGUCUGGCCAUCACACUGAUCAAUGCUGCGUACUUUGUGCCGUACGUUCACCUGGUCGCCCACAUGCGGGUGAAAGAAGUUGGGGAACGCCAUGCGGCCAUCUUAAUGUCCCUAGUGGGCAUUGCAGAUGUUUUUGGACGUUUGAUUGCUGGUUGGCUGGCGGAUCUCACCCCAAAACGUAUCCUGCUCCACCUCAGCUUCUGGACUGGAUCGGCCGGACUGGUUCUGGGGCUCCUCCCCCUGGCAUGGAAUGAGGUGGGGAUGGGAAUGGCUGCGGUGGUGUUUGGAUUUUGUGCUGGAGCCCUGACCCCCGGCGUCUUCUCAUGCCUGCCAUGGGUGGUGGGAACUGAGAAGGUUCUUCCUGCAAUCGGACUGCUGCAGAUGGUGGAGAGCGUUGGGGGACUGCUGGGACCGCCCAUCUCAGGGUGGCUCCGGGAUUGGUCGGGGGAUUUCUCGCUCUCCUUCAUAAUCUGUGGCCUCCUCCUACUCCUCGGAGCCAUCAUCAUCCUCACCCUUCCCGGAGUCCUCUGCAGGACCGACCAAUCAGAGACCAGAAAUCAAAGCCAUCAGAUUCACAUACCAAAUGCCAAAGACCAUCUGAUGUCGGCCAAUGGUACGAGCUGGCCAGAGCAGAGGGCAGAGCAGCCAUUGGCAGUGGAAUAUAAGGGCGGAGCCAAUCUUCCGCCACAUGUAAUGUCUUCAUCUGUAGAGCAUCUGUGCCUUAAUACAGCCAACAUGGAAGAACAGACUAAAGUACCACGCCUAGAAAAUGACAGCUCCUCCCCCUCCACUGUGACAUCAUCACACACCACUGACACUGUGCUAUGA